UGCAAUGAAAGCUUUCAAAAUCAAUUCUCACCUAGAGAUGACUACUUCCCAUAUUGGUCACCAUGCAAUUGGCAUCAUAUUAUUGUUCCAAAUGAUUACUUUAGUAAAGCCAAUCUCAUUUAAUUACGAAGGCUUUAAAUAUGAUGAUGUGAAGCUAGAAGGAGAUGCUUCUUUGUUGGAUUCAUACAUUCAACUUACUUCAACCUCAAGGUACCAAAGCAAUGCUUUCAGUGUUGGGCGAGUCACGUUUUUCGAGCCAUUGCAACUAUGGGACAAGACCUCAAGAAAAAUCACUGAUUUCACUACUAAAUUUUCCUUUGUAAUUUACUCAAAUGAGACUGGUUUUGGAGAUGGAUUAGCAUUUUUCAUUGCAGAUCCAGAACUUCCAUUUGUUGGCUAUACGAAAGAAGGCGGUGGUCUUGGUCUUGUGGAUAAAUAUCAAAUAUUGAAUUCUACAGAACAUUCAUUUUUAGCAGUGGAGUUUGACACACACCAAAAUGGUUGGGAUCCAUACGGCAUACAUGUAGGUAUAAAUUUCAACUCUAUGGUGUCUCAGAAAACUAAACCAUGGUUGAUUGAUAUUAGGAAUAAGAAAACUUAUUAUUAUUGUAAAAUUCAGUACAAUUCAAGUGCUUAUACUUUGAAAGUUUCUUUCACUGGAAACAUAGUCAAUGAUAAGCCUGUAAAAACUUACCUCUCAUAUAAUGUUGAUUUGAGAGAUUACCUACCUGAGAGGGUUAUUUUUGGCUUUUCAGCUGCUACAGGACUAAUGUUUGAAAUGAAUACAAUAAAGUCAUGGUCUUUCAAUUCAAGUUUAGAAAUUCAGGAUGACAAAUUGUCCUCCCCAAUCUCAACAACUCCUAGUCCUUCACCAAUUCCCAAUAGUCUCAAAAUAUCUAGCAACAAACGUACUGUAUGGGCGGGGCUAGGAGUUGGUGUAGGUAUUGCAUCAAUUUUCCUUAUUUUAGGAUGUUUUUGUUUUUUGAUGUGGAAGAGGGCUAAAGAGAAAAAAGAAGAUUCAAAUUUUGACAUGAAAAUGGAUGAUGAAUUCCAAAAGGGAACUGGACCUAAAAAGUUUUGCUAUAAUAAAUUGGUAAGUGCAACCAAUAACUUUGAAGAAACACAAAAGAUAGGACAAGGUGGUUUUGGUGGUGUUUAUAAAGGCUAUUUGAAAGACAUAGAUUCCAAUGUUGCUAUAAAGAGAAUAUCAAGAGAGUCUAAACAAGGGAUAAAGGAAUAUGCAACUGAAGUGAAGAUCAUUAGCCAACUUAGGCACAGGAAUUUAGUACAACUAAUUGGUUGGUGUCACAUGAAAAAAGACUUCCUCCUUAUAUACGAGUUCAUGCAAAAUGGUAGCUUAGAUUCUCACCUAUAUCGCGGAAAAAGCAUAUUGACAUGGCAAGUGAGGUACAACAUUGCUAUGGAUUUGGCUUCGGCAUUGUUGUAUCUUCAUGAAGAAUGGGAACAAUGUGUGAUUCAUAGAGACAUAAAAUCCAGCAACAUUAUGUUGGACGAUAGUUUCAAUGCAAAGCUUGGUGAUUUUGGGUUGGCUAGGUUGGUGGAUCAUGAGAAAGUAUCACAAAGUACCACGAUCAUAGCUGGGACUAUGGGGUAUAUAGCUCCUGAAUAUUUCACAACAGGGAAAGCUACAAAGGAAUCUGAUAUAUACAGUUUUGGUAUUGUUUCAUUGGAAUUAGCAAGUGGAAGAAAACCAAUUGAUCGUAAGGCCAAGGAGGGUCAAGUGGCUAUAUUUGAUCGGGUCUGGGACCUUUAUAGACUUGGAAGGUUGCUUGAAGUAGUAGACACAAAACUCGGGGGUGCAUUUGAUGAGGAACAAAUGGAACGUUUAGUGGUUAUUGGCCUUUGGUGUGCCAAUCCAAAUUAUUCAUGUAGGCCAUCUGUAAGACAAGUGAUUCAGGUGCUUAAAUUUGAAGCUUCUUUACCAAUUCUUUCAGAGGAGAUGUUUGAGUCAACUUAUCCUACUACAACAAUGAGCACAAUUUUUGAUCCAGUUUCUUUUCCCUCAGAGGCUUACAAUUCUUAAAUUGAUGUAGAAUAAUGUGACAUGUUUUUGAAUUUUGGUGUACCAUCAGGUCAUUGUUUGAUGGUGAGCUGUGUAGUAGUUCCCUUUUUUUUUCAGCUGUGUGUAAACUCUAAAGAUCAUUUAGACAGUGUGUGUGCAUUUGUUUUGUCAUGGUAACAUGUAAGUUUGUGAUACAGGCAAUGCCUUUUUAUAUAAGUAACUUUA